GCGGCAAGAAGAGAGGGGGCCUCCGUUGCUGCGCUGCGUGGAUCGAGAGCCUACAGUACCGUACAGGGGCUGACACUGCUGCAUCAAGUGGAGGGAGAAUCAGGUCGCAAUUCAAUCCAACCCGCUCGUCGUCGGCGUACGGUAUCAGAAUUUCAGCGUGUUGUCAAUCGCCUGAGCGGUAGCGGCCUCUUCUCCUCCAUCCACCACCUCUGGUUAUCAACUCUACCUAGUGCAUAAUGGGCGAUGUGGGCGUCAUGCAUCGCGGACUCGCGUGGUCGGCGGAGCUCACCAAGAACAUUCCCAUUCCCAGUCCGGACCGUCGAGCAGCGCUGGCGGCGGAAGUCACGAGGGUUCCUGGACUGCCACUGCGGCAACGAUCGCUCGGCGCGAUGCCCGGCUUGGCGCGCUAUCGCUCCGACUCGGCGGCUACCGAGCCGCGGCUCAGUGUGUGCAGCACGUCGGGCACCGUCUACGAGAGCGUUGUGGUCGUCGGGCACAUGAACGGCUCGGACAACGUCGUGUACUACCUGCUGGAGGUGCGGUCGUGGGAGAUGCCGCUCGAGGGCUACGUGGUGCGGCGCCGCUACAACGACUUCCGCAAGUUCCACCACGAGCUGGCCAAGUGCAUGCCCUCGCAGCGGCCGCGCAGCAGCACCAGCGCGGGGCUCUACUACUCGUCGCUGCUGUGCAAUCCUCUGACACGGGCGACGCCCGAGACCUCGCCGCUUUGGUCGCCCGCGAGGACGGAUGACAGACGCGCGGCCAAUGGCUCGGACCAGCGGACGUGGAUCAGUGAAGAAGACGACAUCCAGCACGUGGAGGAGAGCGACACAAGGAGCAACGCGCCCACAGCUGUGACCGAAGCUGGUUCGUCGAGCUACAACAACAACGCGGUGCUGCCGCUGGAUGCCGUCAAGUUCAACCUCGCAGGACGCCCGUGGCUGCCUCCGAUGCCCAGCGGCGGCGUGCUCACCAUGUUCAGCACCCGACACGCGCUCAUCAACUACCGCAUCGAGCAGUUCAACCACAUCCUGGCAGCCGUGAUGAGCGACAAGUCGAGUGACGUGGCGAGGCUGCUCAUGAACUUCAUCCAGGAGAAGCCAGGCACGCAGGCCCAGACGUACACGAACCUGUCCGAGUACGCCCCCAUCGACAUCCCAUUCAAUGUGGAGCGGUACGCGCGGCGGCGGGCCAUGUCCAUGGGCAAGCGGCAACUGCGAGAUCAAAUGUCCUCGCCCGUGCCUUGA